ACAAGUUCAGCUCAUUCUGUUCUAACACUAGGAAAUACGCAGAGCCAGAGACAAAAAUGACCUCUUAUACAGACAAAGGAGAAAAGCAUGAAAAAGGUGGCUUUGUCUGUUUUGAUCAUAUCACAUUCUGGGUUGGAAAUGCAAAACAAGCUGCUUCAUUCUAUUGUACAAAGAUGGGAUUUGAACCUUUUGCAUACAGAGGUUUGGAAACUGGCAGCAGAGAAGUUGUGUCACAUGCUGUGAGGCAAGACAAGAUCAUAUUUGUAUUUUCAUCUGCUUUGAAUCCUGGCAACCAAGAAAUGGGAAGCCAUCUAGUAAGGCAUGGUGACGGUGUGAAGGAUGUGGCAUUUUCAGUUAAAGAAUGUGACUUUGUUGUGCAGAAAGCCAAAGAGCAGGGUGCAGUUAUAGUGAAGGAGCCUUGGAUUGAGGAGGAUAAACACGGAAGAGUCAAGCUUGCAAUCCUUCAGACAUAUGGUGACACCACACACACACUAGUGGAAAACAUAGAUUAUAAAGGACACUUCUUACCAGGCUAUGGGAGACCGCUAUUCAUUGAUCCACUGCUCUCAACGCUACCAAGUACCAAACUGCAUUUCAUUGACCAUGUUGUUGGUAAUCAACCCGAUGAGCAGAUGGCUCCUGUAGUGGAAUGGUACACAAGGAAUCUACUUUUCCACCGAUUCUGGUCUGUGGAUGACAAGCAGUUGCAUACAGAGUUCAGUGCACUUCGCUCAGUAGUGAUCACAAACUAUGAAGAAACCAUUAAAAUGCCCAUCAAUGAACCUGCAGUGGGAAAAAAGAAAUCACAAAUCCAGGAAUUCGUAGAUUAUUAUGAAACUGCUGGUGUGCAACACAUUGCACUGAACACAUCUGAUAUUAUUACAUCCAUCACAAAUUUAAAGGCACGUGGAGUGGAGUUUUUGUCUACACCAUCGACCUACUUUCAACAGUUAAGGGAGAAGUUGAAAACAUCAAAAAUCAUAAUUAAAGAAGACAUAGACAAACUGGAGGAAUUGAAGAUUUUAGUGGACUAUGAUGAUAAAGGAUAUUUACUUCAGAUAUUCACCAAACCUGUACAGGAUAGACCCACCCUCUUCCUUGAAGUUAUUCAGCGUAACAACCAUCAGGGUUUUGGAGCUGGAAAUUUCAAAUCUCUAUUUGAAGCCAUUGAAGCUGAUCAGGAAGCAAGAGGGAACCUCACAAUUUUAACUGCCAAGGGAGAACAUGUAUCCAUCUAGGAUUAUGACUUUCACUGCAGUUUGUGACAGCUUUAUGUUAGAUACCAUGGGAAGGAAAUGCCUCUUUGGACUAAAAGAAGCAACUUCUUUAAUACUCUAAAUAAUUGUUUAAAUCUUUUUUAUACUUGUAAAAGUACUGUAUAUCAACCUAGAUGUGUAUGUGUAUGUGUAUUACCAAACUGCAGAGAAUGAGCAAGAUUUAUCAGUGAACUGAUGUCAUAUGCUGAGGCUACUAAUUACUUCAGGAAAUGUAUCAAAUUAAGCUGCCAAGAUGUUUCUGUCUCCACAGUGUACAAUUACAUCGUGACAUAGAUAAGUAUGUUUCUGUUUCAUCUUCUAACUCUCAUGGGUCAUCAGUUUAACAAAUGCUACCCAGAAACCAAAAAAUAUUGACAGGAAUUAGUAGUACCUUGACAUAGCUAAGGCAUUUGACACAACACCUCACUCAGGCAUUGUUGACAAACUCAAGAGAUUAGGUACAAACCUAUAUGUCACCCAGUGGAUAGCCAUCUGGCUCACAGGCAAUAGUAGUAUCCAGAAUUUGAACAAAGGCAUGUUUGCAAUGUAGAGUUAUCGGUGUGCAGCAGAGUACAAGUCAUACCUUUGCAUUCUCUUUCUAGCCUCACUAGCAGACUUGCUGUGAGUAGAUGUCAUAUCAUGUCUUAGAAGAUACACACUCUAAUGCAAAUUACCUCUCUGCACCGUGCAUGAACAAUGUUAAAAUCUGUAGGUAAAUGAAGAAAUACCACAUGUUGAUCAGGACAAAUGAGAAAGUCAAUAUGCAUUACUA